UGGCUCACUUUAUCUUCUUCUGGUUCAGCGCGCAGAACUCAGCAGUUGCAGAAAUGGCUACCAUUUCUUCUUCCCUCGCUCGCUUCCCCGUUAUCUCGCAACCUUCCUCCAAUUCACAAUAUAUCCUCUUCAACGUCGCUCCUCGAACCGGAGCCCCCAAUUUUAGAACCGGCUCGGCUCGGUUCAGGUGUUCAGCGGGACAGACCGGGUUCUUCACGAAACUGGGGCGUUUGAUUAAGGAGAAGGCGAAGAGUGACGUGGAAAAGGUGUUUACGGGAUUCUCCAAGACCCGCAACAACCUCGCCGUCAUCGACGAGCUUCUGCUCUACUGGAACCUCGCCGACACGGACCGAGUCCUUGACGAACUCGAAGAGGCUCUUUUAGUGUCUGAUUUUGGCCCGAGAAUCACUAUUAAGAUUGUAGAGAAUUUGCGCGAGGAUAUAUUUUCAGGGAAGCUUAAAUCAGGGAAUGAGAUAAAGGAAGCAUUGAAGAGGAAUGUUUUGGAACUGUUAACCUCCAAGGGAAGUAAAACCGAACUUCAACUUGGAUUCAGGAAGCCAGCUGUAAUAAUGAUUGUUGGUGUUAAUGGUGGAGGGAAAACAACAUCUUUAGGAAAGCUGGCCUAUAGAUUGAAGAAUGAAGGGGCUAAGAUAUUGAUGGCGGCUGGUGAUACAUUUAGAGCUGCUGCUAGUGAUCAGUUGGAAAUAUGGGCAGAAAGGACUGGAUGUGAGAUUGUUGUGGCUGAAUCACAGAAAGCAAAAGCAUCAUCAGUGCUUUCACAGGCUGUAAAAAAGGGAAAAGAGCUCGGUUUUGAUAUAGUUUUAUGUGAUACGUCUGGUCGUUUACACACUAAUUACAGCUUAAUGGAAGAGUUGAUUUCCUGUAAAAAAUCUGUUGCUAAAGUCAUUCCCGGUGCACCCAAUGAGGUCCUACUGGUUCUGGAUGGGACCACUGGUCUGAAUAUGUUGCCACAAGCAAGAGAAUUCAAUGAUGUUGUGGGUGUCACUGGUUUAAUUUUGACCAAAUUGGAUGGCUCUGCAAGAGGUGGCUGUGUGGUCAGCGUGGUUGAUGAGCUUGGAAUCCCUGUAAAAUUUGUAGGUGUUGGUGAAGGUGUUGAAGACCUUCAACCCUUUGAUGCGGAUGCCUUUGUCAAUGCCAUUUUUAUGUAAACCAAUAUUGUGGCUUUGUUGAAUGUCAUCCAUACAAUCUUCUUCCAUAGCAACACCAGUUCAUAGCAAAAAAUGCCACUUUCUUAUGGAACACUUCUUGGGAGUGGCCAGGCAUUGCAAAUUUGUUGACAUGAUUUUGAAGUGCCAGAGCUAUUUGGCUCUGGAGACACGCUGAGUGUAUAUAAUCUUCCUUUUGCAUGCUGUGGCUGGAAGCAGUUUCUGACAGUGCAAUUGGGACACGAGGUUUAUAUUCACUCCUUUUAUGAACCAAAGCAUUUCAUUGUGGUGUGCAUGUAUAGAUUAUGCUUGAAGGCAAAUGUAAACAGUAAACAUCCUCCAUUGUCUGUCAACACAAGCAUCAACCAGGUAACUAAUAAAUAGAAUUGAAUAUUUGUUAUUUUGUUUUA